AUGAGCUCCUCCCGGCUGAACAACCGCGCCGAGAGCCACUUCCGAGCCCAGGAGGAGCACGAGCUGGACGCCCUGGGGAAGAGAGCCUGGGACAACCCUGGCUACACCGGCUCCCCCGCCGCCUCCCUGAAGAUCCGAGCCAUCUACAACCCCAAGGCCAUUGUGGAGAACCCCUACGAGAGCGUGGAGCUGCCGGGGGACCCCCUUCCCUACCCGCGGGAGAGGCGAGAGGCUGAGGGCGGGACCAAGAGACCCUGGGCCAGGUGCUGUCUCCACGUCUUCAAAGGCAUCCGAGGUAAAACCUGCGGCUCCGGUCUGGGGUUUAUAAACCUGCGGGAGGCGCAGCCCAGCCUGGAUGCACUGCGGAACCUGGGCGGCUGCUCCCUCCGCCCCUCUCUCUGCUCCCCAGUGACGUACGGCAUGACCAGCACCAAUGCCUAUUACUACACCAAGGUGAUGUCCGACCUGUUCCUGCACACCCCCUCCGACAGCGGCGUCUCCUUCCAGUCCAUCAGCAGCAUGGCUGAGUUCUGGGCGUACACCCAAGGCCCGCUGCUGGACAGCCUCUACUGGACCAAGUGGUACAACAACGAGUCGCUGGCGCACAGCGCCCAGUCCUACAUCUACUACGAGAACCUGCUGCUGGGCGUGCCGCGCCUGCGCCAGCUGAAGGUGCAGAACAACUCCUGCGUGGUGCACGACACCUUCAAGGCGGACAUUGCCGGCUGCUACGACGCCUACGCCCAGGACAAGGAGGAGCGGGUCCCCUUUGGGCUCCUCAACGGGACUGCCCCCCCCUCGUUCCAGCUCUCCAUGGUCGCCAUCGUGUUCCACAUCUUCCGCACCAUCGAGGUGAACCGGCUGAUGGGGGAGCUGCUGCGGCACCCCGACAUCUACGCGGACUUCGAGUUCCUGGCUUUCUGGCAGACCCAGUACAACAACAUGAACGCCGUCAACCUCUUCUUCGCCUGGAUCAAGAUAUUCAAGUACAUCAGCUUCAACAAAACCAUGACCCAGCUUUCCUCCACGCUGGCGCGCUGCGCCAAGGACAUCCUGGGCUUUGCCAUCAUGUUCUUCAUUGUGUUCUUCGCCUACGCCCAGCUGGGCUACCUUCUCUUCGGGACGCAGGUGGAGAACUUUAGCACCUUUAUUAAAUGCAUCUUCACCCAGUUUCGCAUCAUCCUUGGGGACUUUGACUACAACGCCAUCGACAAUGCCAACAGGGUGCUGGGGCCCAUCUACUUCGUCACCUACGUGUUCUUCGUCUUCUUCGUGCUGCUGGCCGUCACACCGUGUCAAAGCAAAGCGCGGCUUGCUGUGCGGGGUGUGUUCUCCGCUAUUUGGCCAUGCAGCUGUGAAUUCUCAAAACGUUUUGUGUGUUGCCGAUCCGGGGGGAUCUGCCGAAACCAAACACACCUGCCAUCCAAUGUCACCACCUCGGGUUCUUCUAGCCCCCGACGCGCUGCUCUCAUGCCGCGGCACGUCACCAGUGGGGCCGAACCGAGUCACCUGCCUUGGGUCCUCUUUUCCUCCUGCCGCAGGCUGGGCCACGCAGAGCACGAGAUCACAGCCGCCUUCUCCAGGUUUGACACCGACGGGAACCAGAUCCUGGACGAAGAGGAGCAGAAGCGCAUGAGGAACGACCUAGAGGAGAAACGGGUCGCCUUGAGCGCCGAGAUUGAAAACCUGGGCAAGUCCUACGGUGACGACAGCCCAGGGGACAAGCUGAGCCUCGUGGAUGCAAAGAACAAUCACGCCAACAAGGCCGCCUGGGUGUCCGAGGAGGAAUUCCAGAGAUCUAGGGCUCCAGGCUCGCGCCGCCGGCCGAAAGGGAGCGUCCGGGCCUCCAGGCAGACUUUGCUGCUGGCUCCAAAGUCUCUACACCGGCUGAACUCCUCCCGUCCCCCGCCUCAUCUCCCCAAGAUCUGA